AUGGGCAACUGGGAUGGGGCCGAGGAGGACGAGAGGGCAUCUCCCCCGGCCCUGGGGACUGCCACCAGGCCAGAGGACGCCGGACAGGCUGAGGAGGUGCCGAGGGAAGGUGGCCAGUUGCUGCAGGCCGAGACCCGGGCCUGGUUCCAGAAGACGCAGGCCCAUGGGCUCCUGCAGCACGGGGCGGCCCCUCCCUGGUUCCACGGCUUCAUCACCCGGAGGGAAGCGGAAAGGCUGCUGGAGCCCCAGCCACUGGGAUGCUACCUGGUGCGAAAGACCUUCGUGCUGACUUACCGAAGCCAGACUUGCUGUCGCCACUUCCUGCUGGCCCAGCUCAGGGACGGGAGCCACGUGGUGCUGGGCGAGGACAGCACCCACGCACGGCUGCAGGACCUGCUGCAGCACUACACGGCAUGCCCACUCGGCCCCUACGGGGAGACGCUCAGCCAGCCCCUCGCCCGCCAGAAACCUGAGCCCACAGGACUUUCCCUGAAGACUGAAGACUCAGACUCUGGAAGCAAGAGCCAGGAGCCACCCCCCGAGUAUAGCCCAAUCCUCAAAAAGGAGCAGCCUGCGGCGCCCACGCAGAAGGAGGGGGCGGGCGAGCCGAAGGAGCCCCCGCAGCCGCCCAGGCCCAAGCCCCCCGCGCGGGCGAAGCCGCAGCUGCCCCGCGACGUCUACACGAGCCCCGCCCCGCGACCCCGCCCGGCCCCGCCCCCCAAGCCCUCCGUGCCCAUCUACCAGGAGCCCGACGAGCCCAUAGCCUUCUAUGCCAUGGGCCGGGGCAGCCCCGGGGAAGCCGCCAGCAACAUUUACGCGGAGGUGGAGGUGGAGAUGCCGUCGGGGGGUGAGGGCUGGCCCGGCAUCCGCGGGCACCCCGCGCUCCGGAAGUGCAGGUCCAGGCCUGUAUCAGGAAGCCAGAGUCCAGGUGGCCAGCACCUGCAUUCCGAGAACUCGGUGGCCGGACACGCCCCUCCUGUGCCCCACCAGCCCCUGCCUCACUGGGGGCACACUCUCCCUCACAACUUUUCUAGACAGGUGCUUCAGGACAGGGGACAGGCGUGGCUCCCCCUGGGGCCGCCUCAGUAGCCGGGGAGUCCAAGUUGGGGUGAUAACCUGGGGCAGCAGGCGUGGACACCUGCACACACACCCAGGUGCCCUUCCCAGGAAAUCUGGACGGAACAAAGUGGAGGUGAUCAGAGCUGGAAGGGACCUCAGCCGUCAUCAAUUGCAAAGAUGGAAGAAAAGUGUCACCUUGAAUGUCAGCUCCGAUCCAUGAUCCAUUGGUCGUGGCUGCCCAGGGCACUGCACUGGAAAGGACGUUAAGGUCACUUCUGAACUCAGCAGAAAGAGCGUGUGACUGAUGGGUGAUGUCUCUGUGGGGGAGGGCAGGAAGAGGGGCCGCCUCGCCCUUCCUGAUCAAGGCCAAGCCCCCCGCUGUGCAGACCAGGAAACAAAGCCGGAGGGAGAGGACUUGGCUAAGGUCAAGGACUUGGGCCGGGCCUCCUGAGCCCCUGGUGUAGUGCUCUGUUCCCGACCCCACACCCGCGAAGUCUCCUGCAGGGGGAAGUCAGCAACUUCCUGGACAGGAAGUCUGCCGCGUUCCAGAGUUCUGCCACAUGGGACCUGGGUGCUGGUUCCCUUCCUCCAGGUCCCAGCUCAGCCCUGUUCCUCUGUCCCCACCAAGAAGCCUGGAGGUCAGAGGGGCAAAUGAGGGCCCACUCUCUAUUAGGGGCACAGCCCCGGUUCCCUCCCGGAGUCCUCAGGGGCUGGCACCCCUCUGAGGAGGGGGCUGGGAGGGCCCAGCGGCCUCCCGCGGCCCGGCCUCUCCUGGGGUCUGACUCCCCAGACCUCCAAGCCCCGGGGCUGGGCCCUGCUGCAAUGCUGCUGUCGUCUGAGGAGCAGUUCGGCGAGAACAGAUGUUAGAAAUUUGUUGAUUCUUGUCUGGUUAAUAAAUCAUCGCCAACCUCCGCGCCCACAGGGAUCCAGCUCCUCCUGCCUCCGUCUCUCCCAUAUUGUGCAAGGCAGGUGGUGGGACCACUGCAGUGAUGGGGAGAGGAGUCUGGGAGGUGAGACACAUGCACAGGGUCACCGAUCUGUGGGCUGGGGACCGGGAGACCCCAAGACAGGGGACACAGACCUCUUUCUGCAACGUGUUCCCUCCCUAACUGGGCCGGUCUAGCCAGGGAGCCAGGGACGGAAGGGCGGC